GUUCCAUUGCUCAUGGCCUUCCGGGUUUCGACCCUGCACACGGCCAGCGGCCAAGACGUGUGCCUGGAACCAGCAUUGGCUCCUGAUGAAGCCCUCGAAGAUCUCAGGCGUCGCGCUGCCUACGCUUUGCGGGUGGGGAUUCGACAGGUGACCCUUCUGAACGGAGACAAGGAAUUGGUCGGAAACUGCUCCGUGGCUGAUGUGAUUGACGAAUCCACCGUCCAGGACCUCACAGUGCUGCUGCAGCCGGUGCUUCGCGUCUAUCGCCCGCAGCUGAAGGAGGCCUGGAAGGCGACCGGCUUCGUGAAGCUGCAGAAGGUGGCGUUUCCACCCUCUAGCGGCAUCGAUGUGAAUAUGAUGCCCUUCCGGAUGGGCGACAAAGCAUCGCUCCCGAAACAGCUGAAGGGCUACUGGCCGCUGAUCGAAGCAUGCAGGCUGCCACAGGAGGAAAUUGGAAAGGUGGGUUUCUUGACCAUCCAGGAGACGGAUGUCACUGCAGGGGAUGCCCAACGUCGUCCCGGGCUGCACCUGGAAACUCCAGGAGUCGUGAUGUUGGAUGGCCGGGUGUUGCUGACAACCGCCAGAUGGGGCUGGGGGCUGGCAGGAUUCAAACGGAAAGAAGCCAAAAAGGUACCUCCAAUGCACCUGCUUGAAGACGAUUCCAAGACCGAUGAUGACUUCGACCCUUUUGAGGAGGACGACCAGUCGGAUGAGAUCCUUGACGGCCUUGACGGUGACAUCAAGUUUGUCCAUACCCGGUUGCAAGGUGGAAUCUACACAGCCUCCACCGUGGAAAAUUCUGCCAGGUAUUGGGAUCUUCGUUUUUCUGACCCAGCGGAAGUUUGUGGCCCCUUGGGGGACCUGGAACACAUGCGUCAGGUGCUGGGCUCUGGUGAAGCAGCAGAGGCCGAGACAUUGUAUUGGAUGAGCGAUGCAACGCCCCAUGAGUCCGUUCCUUUGAAGGAAGACAGUCAUCGUCAGUAUUUUCGCCUCGUGACGAGCUCUGUGUCCCUGUGGUAUUCGAAGCAUUCCACGGAGAACCCUUUGGUGAAGCCAGAUCCCAGCGUUACGAGGAUUGUUGACACAGACAAAUUCGAAGACUUCCCACUUGUUGGUCGAUUUGAGCGGAGAGGAAGUGAUGCAGGGGACAAGAUUUGGGAUGUAUACGCUGAACAUCUUGGUGAAGGGGGAGAGCGAAAGCUGUUAGAGCAGCAGCUCGGGCCCCUGUGAUGGACUUAGAAACCGCAAGAUGGCGUGCUGCUGUCUGAAAAAUCU